CCCGCCCACUGACGCGGCACCCGCCGCUAUAACUCGGCGCUCGCGAGGCAGCUCCACACCGCGCCACGCCGCCGCCCGCGCCGGAUGAUCGUGAUCGCCAUUCCCCCGCUUUAAAAAAAAAAAUAAAGAAAUAAAGAAGAAAAGGAAGAAAAAGCUGAUCCUAAUUUAAUUAAAGUCAAUCUCUCAAACGCCUGUUGGAUUGCGGGGAUCGUUAGAGAAUCUGUCGCUGUUAUUUUCGUCCCGUCUUUUUACGAUCUUGGUGUGACCGAGACAGCCUGCGGGAGACGCUGCCGUGUGGUGGGCCAGCCCGGAGGGAGAGCGCCGAGGCUUGCAGCCUCGAGGGCCAGUGCGCCGCCAAGGACAAAAGGAACCCCGCGCCGGACGCACACUUCCGAUCAGCAUGAAGAAGACCGAAAUGGGAAGGUUCAACAUCUCCCCGGAUGAGGACAGCAGCAGCUACAGCUCCAACAGUGACUUCAACUACUCCUACCCCACCAAGCAGGCUGCUCUGAAAAGCCAUUACGUGGAUGUAGAUCCUGAAAACCAGAACUUUUUACUUGAAUCCAAUUUGGGGAAGAAGAAGUAUGAAACUGACUUUCAUCCAGGUACUACUUCCUUUGGAAUGUCAGUAUUUAAUCUGAGCAAUGCGAUUGUGGGCAGUGGAAUCCUUGGGCUUUCUUAUGCCAUGGCUAAUACUGGAAUUGCUCUUUUUAUAAUUCUCUUGACAUUUGUGUCGAUAUUUUCCUUGUACUCCGUUCAUCUCCUCUUGAAGACUGCCAAUGAAGGAGGGUCUUUAUUAUAUGAACAGUUGGGGCAUAAGGCGUUUGGACUGGCUGGGAAGCUCGCAGCCUCCGGCUCGAUCACAAUGCAGAACAUUGGAGCUAUGUCAAGCUACCUCUUCAUAGUGAAAUAUGAGUUACCUUUGGUGAUCAAGGCUUUAAUGAACAUUGAAGAUACAAAUGGAUUGUGGUAUCUGAAUGGUGACUACCUGGUCCUGUUGGUGUCCUUGGUGCUUAUCCUCCCAUUGUCGCUGCUGAGAAAUCUAGGGUACUUGGGGUACACCAGUGGCCUCUCCUUGCUGUGUAUGAUGUUCUUUCUGAUUGUGGUGAUUUGCAAGAAGUUUCAGAUCCCUUGCCCUGUAGAAGCUUUGAUGAUCAAUGAAACUGUGAACGCCACAUCAGCGCUGGCCCUCCUGGCGUCUAACGUGACGUCCAAUGCCACCGCCUCAGACUGUUGCACGCCGCGUUACUUUAUCUUCAACUCACAGACCGUGUACGCCGUGCCCAUCCUGACGUUCUCCUUUGUCUGCCAUCCUGCUAUCCUUCCCAUCUACGAAGAGCUGAAAGGGCGCAGCCGCAGGAGGAUGAUGAACGUGUCCAAGAUUUCUUUCUUUGCCAUGUUUCUGAUGUACCUGCUUGCUGCUCUCUUUGGAUACCUGACAUUUUACGGACAAGUCGAGUCGGAGCUGCUGCACACCUACUCCUCAAUAGUGGGGACUGACAUUCUCCUCCUGAUUGUCCGUUUGGCUGUGCUGAUGGCUGUCACCCUCACGGUGCCGGUGGUUAUUUUCCCGAUCCGGAGUUCCAUCACUCACUUACUGUGUGCUGCAAAGGAGUUCAGUUGGUGGCGUCACAGUGUCAUCACCGUGGCUAUCUUGUCCUUUACCAACUUGCUUGUCAUCUUUGUCCCCACCAUUAGGGACAUCUUUGGUUUCAUUGGUGCAUCGGCAGCUGCCAUGCUGAUUUUUAUUCUUCCAUCUGCCUUCUACAUCAAGUUAGUGAAGAAAGAACCCAUGAGAUCUGUGCAAAAGAUUGGGGCCCUGUUGUUCUUCAUCAGUGGCAUAGUGGUGAUGACCGGAAGUAUGGCCUUGAUUGUUCUGGAUUGGGUGCACAAUGCCUCUACAGGUGGCCACUAAUGGCACCACUGAAACUCAACAGUCCAUCUGCCACCAGUGUUGAGUCAACACUCAACUUGCUCAGAAAUUUCACCUGAUGCUUUCGGUUCACUUCCUUUUGAAGUGCAGAUUCCUCGCUGGUUCUUCUGGAUGCAGAAUAAGUGGAACUUUUUUUUUAUUUUGUUUUGAUUUCGGUUUUUUAUUUUUUUAUUUUUUUUAAGAAACUUAUCUGUGUGUUAAGGAAUGGAUAUUAACAGCAAAACCACGAGUCUUGGGUUAAGGGAAGUGACUAUUUAUUCCAUUCCAGAGAAUGGACGAACUUUAACUUUUUUAUCAAGCCACAUGCUUGGCUGUGUCAUUGUUUAACUUGGAUAUUUUAUGAUUUUACUUGAAUGUGCCUAAUGGAACCAUUCGAUGUGAAAAACACUUAAUUUACAGCAAAGUAUUGAAAUAAGCAUUGAGAAAAAACUUAUUUUUUGUACCAAAAAAUACUUUAAAAGACCUCAGAAGCACUAUUUUACUUUGAAGAAGUUGCAUUUUUUGAACUUUAUCCAGAACCAGUUGUCAAUAAACUCCGUAACACAAUUUCAUUGAUAUUUAAAAACGAAUAUUAGUAUUAUGAAAUUAUUUGCCUUUUUUGUAGGCAUUAUAAGCCAAAUACUUUUUUACCCAAAAUCAUUUUCGGGGAAAAUGUUAAGAAAAAUUGUAUCAUGAAUUAGCAUAGUUUGUUUUGUUUGUUCAGAUUUCACUUUAAUUGGUAGCUGCUGCACCAGAUCUGGUGAACACUGUUCAUCAGUUUCUUUGCUUCCAGAUAAUUGGCUCAUUAAAUCUAAAAUGUU